AAAUUCCCUCCUUCCCUCUCGCCUACAAAACCCUAGAGUUCCACUCAACAAAAUUCCAAUCGCUCCAUUUCCCCAAAUCAAAUCCAAACCUCUCAAAUCGGAAAUGUCUGGGCGCGGCAAGGGAGGCAAGGGGCUGGGCAAGGGAGGAGCGAAACGACACCGUAAGGUGCUCCGCGACAACAUCCAGGGCAUCACGAAGCCGGCGAUCCGGCGUCUGGCGAGGAGAGGCGGUGUGAAGAGGAUCAGCGGCCUCAUCUACGAGGAGACCAGAGGUGUUCUCAAGAUAUUUUUGGAGAACGUUAUCAGAGACGCUGUCACAUACACCGAGCACGCUAGGAGGAAGACCGUCACCGCCAUGGAUGUUGUCUAUGCUCUGAAGAGGCAGGGCCGAACGCUCUACGGCUUCGGUGGCUGAGCUUUUCUCUAAUUUAUUGAAAUUUUGGUGUGAUGGUGAAAGUUGAAACCGGUAAGGUUUGUAGAUCUGGUAUUUGUUGUUCGACUGUAUUCAAUCUUGUUUCAUCAAUGGUAGAAAAUGCCUUCAUUAA